CGCGUUGCGUACACCUCACAUUCAUUCUCAUCCUCUCUACAUUAUAAGGCCUCGCUCUUUGCAGACAUAACAAGCAUCCUCUCCUCUCACUCAUUCACUCACACUUUCCUCACCUUCUUCAUUCUCUCCGUUCCUUUUUCGAGAUCUGCGCCAACCUUCUUCUUUUGCUUCAAUUGUCGACGUUUUGCUUGUAACGCAAGCGGCUCUGAGUGGAUCAAAAAUGGCUUCUGAAUCGGAAAAUGUUGAAGCGAUUGCGGAUAUGGCUCCACCCAUUGAGACCCCAAUCAAGGUUGCCAACUCUCAGAAUUCCCAACAUCCGCCACUUAAUGAGAGGAUUCUUUCAUCCAUGACUAGGAGGUCUGUUGCUGCACACCCUUGGCAUGAUCUUGAGAUAGGACCUGAGGCUCCAAAGAUCUUCAACUGUGUGGUUGAAAUUGCGAAAGGAAGCAAGGUGAAAUAUGAACUUGACAAAAGAACUGGGCUUAUUAAGGUUGACCGUGUUCUUUACUCAUCAGUUGUGUAUCCUCACAACUACGGGUUUAUCCCACGUACUAUUUGUGAGGACAGUGACCCCAUUGAUGUCUUGGUUAUUAUGCAGGAGCCAGUUCUUCCUGGUUGCUUUCUUCGGGCCAAAGCUAUUGGACUCAUGCCUAUGAUUGAUCAGGGUGAGAAAGAUGACAAGAUCAUCGCUGUCUGUGCUGAUGAUCCCGAGUAUAGGCAUUACAAUGAUAUCAAGGACCUUCCUCCACAUCGUUUAGCUGAAAUCCGUCGGUUUUUUGAAGAUUACAAGAAGAAUGAGAACAAGGAAGUUGCAGUAAACGACUUUCUUCCUGCCUCAACUGCCUUUGAAGCAAUCAAGCAUUCCAUGUCCUUGUAUGCAGACUACGUUGUCGAGAGCUUGAGGCGGUAGUGUUGACGCAUGGUGGCUAUGCUAUGCUUGGUCCAAAAGAUGACUAUGACGAAAAUUGGCUUUGUAUGCCACUAUAAAAAAAAACAAAAAAGAUUGGCUUUGUAUGUCGCAUGUAUAUCUGUCUCAGAACUGACAACACAUGCAUAUUCUAUACAUAUCUGCGUAAUUUUGAGUGUUAAAUGAUAUCUUCAUAUUCUAUACAUAUCUUCAUAUAUUCUUCACAUAUGUGCGUAAUUUUGAGUGGUAAAUGAUAUCUUCAUAUAUUCAUAUCAAA